AUGACGUCUUUCCUCGGCGGUGCACAGCAGUGCUGCUGCGGCGUCCAACGGCCCAGAGACCGACUUCGGACAGGAUAUCACCAUCAUCAUCUCUUUUUCACAUCGACGACGACAGCGACGACUCACAUUCUAACGACGACGAGCAACUUAAACAUAGGCCACAAUGUCGAUGCUCGAGAAAUUCAAAAAGGGGGCUCAGAAGGCAGGGAUCCAGGCGACGGCAUUCAUGAACAAUGCUGGGAAUAAAGUCGCAUCUGAGUCAAAGAGCUUUGCUCAGGGGUUCAGUCUUCCUGGUGAAGCGGAGAAGGCAGCGAAGAUACUGCAGAGCUUCCUAGCUGACCCAGAGAACCCCGAAUCUGCACUAAACGCAAUACCGAAAGCUGUUUUACAACGGGCGCGAGGUCUGGCCAUCUUCCAAGUUCUAAAAGCCGGAUUCGUCUUCUCAGGAAAAGCAGGUUCAGGUCUCGUCAUCGCCCGACUUCCCGACGGUUCAUGGUCUGCACCCUCAUGCAUCGCAACAGGCGGAGUCGGUUGGGGCUUACAAGUCGGCGCCGACAUCACUGAUUUCGUCGUCGUGCUCAACAGCGAAGACGCUGUACGUGCAUUCUCGAUGGGUGGUAAUGUUACUAUUGGUGGGAAUAUAUCUGCAGCGGCGGGACCUAUUGGGACUGGUGGGAGCGUACAGGCAAGUCUUGCGCACCCGGCGCCUAUGUUUUCGUAUUCGAAGUCGAAAGGUCUAUUCGCUGGCCUUUCCCUCGAAGGAACUGUCCUCAUCGAACGCAAAGACGCCAAUCGCGAUUUCUACGGCUCAGCCAUCCCCGCACGUAUGAUCCUCGGUGGACAAGUCCCACCACCCGAGAUCGCCUCUCGUUUGUAUGAGAUUAUCGAAGCUGCUGAGGGUCUGGACGAGACGGGUCUUCCGGGUGAGGCGUACGUCCCUUCGGCUUCGGGCGAUCAUUUGCCUGUCAACUCCCAGUCGACGAAUGCGGGGCAGACGGUGUUUGAUGCGGAGGAUCGACAUGGAUUUAUGUGAGAUAGCAUGUAAGAUGAGGUGAGAUGGGCACAGAUGAAGAGAAACGAGUAAUUUGCCAGGGCGGACGGGAGAAGUUAGGAAUAGGUUGAUAUUAAAAAAUUGGGUGGGAAUUGUUUCUUAUUUCCUUUGAUGCUGUUAUACCUGCAUUUCUUUUUCUAUUUUCAUCUUUCCGUGUGUAAGUUGUAUGAGUACAUAUUUUAAUGUUUGAAGAUUCUUUUCUCUCGGC